AUGGCUAGGAAGAUAAUGGCCAUACUGGAAGCUGAUGUGGAGCAGUGUAAAGAAAAUUUAAAAGAAUUGACUGAACAGCAAAAGAUAGCGGCUGGAAGACCAAACGUUUUUACACCUCCGAUUCCAACCUUUAGUAGCAAUUUAAGUGAAUGGCCUUCAUUCUGGAAUUCUCUUGAGGCAUAUGUAGAAAAGAAUAUUAAAUUAGACAGUAUGCAAAAACUGCCACAUUUAAAGAAGGUACUAGCAUGA